AUGUUCCCGGUCCCAUGGGUUCAGGUCCAGGGAUCAGUCUCGGGUCCCUACCAGGCUCGGGUCCCUAGCGCCGCAGGCUGUGAGCAGGACAGUGUCUGCCUCCAGUCCCACUGCAAUCAAUCCUCGCCCCAGGCACUGCGGCAGGUUCUCUCCGUGCCCCCCGGGACUCUCCAAACCCGGCCAGCCUUCUUCCACUGUCCGAAGAGCCCGGACUCCCUGGCACUUCCCAGGCUCCAGGACCCAGAAAGGGAUGCUCCUUCAGUCCCAACAGCCCCAAGUUUCUUUCCAGAGGGCCUGGCAGGCUGCUCCAAGUUUGCUGGGCCGGCAGGGGCAGCGCACCCCGUCCGCGGAGGGGGGAGGGGGGAGGGGGGGUGGCGGGCGGGGAGGGGAAGGACGCGGGAGCCCGAGCUCUUGGGGGGGCAGGAGAGGGAGGAGCAGGAGCGCGCGGCCUCGGUGCUACCUUUCUCCUCUCAACGCUGCCACACGCGGAGCACCGAGGUUUCUGGGGCUUUGGAGGGUGUCGCGGGAGGGCGGAGGCCGGGGACCACACAGGUGAGACCCCGCCCGCGCCCUCCCCGCGCCCCAGGUUCCGCGAGGUGCUCCCGCAUCCCACACGCUCAGCCUCCGACCUGGGUCCCCUCCCCCUCGCCUCCUCCGCCCCCCACCCCGGCGGCGAGGCGCCGCCGCCGCACUUUCCCAAGCCCACAGGCGCCCCCAGCCUGCACCCCCGGCCCUUUCCCGCGCGUCCCCGGACCCCGCGCCGCCCUCCUGGAGGAAAAGGCGAAGCUAGACGGGCGGGCGGAGGGCGCGGGGGGCGCGGGAGCCGGGGCGAGGCGGAAAGGUAAGGGAGAAGGGACUUACUUUGCGAGGUGCGGUGCCGAGCGCUGCCGACGAGAAAUAAAGGCCCGGCUCCCCGCCACCGGGAGCCCCGCGAGCGUGGUACUGUCAGCGCCGCGCUGCGCUCCGGCCGCAGGGCACGGGGACAGGACGGGUACGGGUACGGGCACGGGCACGGGCGCGCGUGCGGCGCGGCUCGGCGGGCGCUGCGCUCCGGCUCGGCUCGGCCCGGCUCCGCGCGGCUCCGCUCCCGGCUCCCCUCUGGCUCCUGGCACCAACUCCGGGCAGUCACAUGACGCCGGCGCCGCUCGCUCUGCGAGCCUCCCGGGGCUGGCGGGCUGCUGUGAGGUGAGGAACUUUGUUCUGCUGCACCCUUCCACCAUAAUGCUCUGCCUCACCACAGGUCCAAGGACAACAGAGCCAUGGUGCCAUGGACUGAAACCUCUAAACUCUCCCUGCCCUCCUUGCUCCAUCCGCCUGCGCAGCGUCCACCCUCGAGACAGCCUGACUUCAGUGAAUGUCCACGUUUACAGGAGCGCAGCAGGCACUUCCUGGCUGGCUCCUUUCAGACAAGGAGCCUCUGUUCGCCUUGGGACGAGGGAGCAGACAGCCUCUGACUGUCCCAGCUGUGUCAUCCUGGAGAUCCUGACCAACAUAGUAAGAUAAGAAAGAACCACAAAAGAG